GUGGUGGGGACGGAGGCGAUAGCCUGCGUGACGCAACAUCCUGGGCGAGCUAAAGAGUGGUGGGCCGGUGUCCAGGGGCCCAGUUAGUGCGAGCCGGCUGGCCAGCUACACCGGAUUACCAGCAGUCAGUACGCGGACAGCAGUGUGUAAUCCCCAUUCAACAUGACAACCUACUUCAACUACCCACCACCUGAACUGCAGCAGGAACUGCGUCAGAUUGCACAGGCCAUAGUGGCACCUGGCAAAGGUAUCUUAGCUGCUGAUGAGUCCACUGCUACCAUAGGCAAGAGAUUUUCAGAAAUUGGUGUUGAGAACACUGAAGAAAACAGACGUCUUUAUAGGCAGCUGCUUUUCACAGCGGAUCCUUCUGUGGGUGAAAAUAUCUCUGGUGUCAUCCUUUUCCACGAAACCCUCUAUCAGAAGGCAGAUGAUGGAACUCCUUUUGUGGAGCUACUAAAGCAGCGCAACAUCAUUCCUGGCAUAAAGGUUGACAAGGGCGUUGUUCCAUUGUUCGGCUCUGAGGAUGAGUGCACCACUCAGGGACUCGACGACUUGGCACAGCGAUGUGCACAGUACAAGAAGGAUGGUUGCCAUUUUGCCAAAUGGCGCUGUGUGCUGAAGAUCAAGCGCAACACACCAUCAUAUCAGGCUAUUCUGGAAAAUGCUAAUGUACUGGCUCGCUAUGCCUCCAUAUGCCAGUGCAACCGCAUUGUGCCAAUUGUGGAGCCAGAGGUGUUGCCUGAUGGUGAACAUGACCUGGAGCGAGCCCAGAAGGUAACUGAAACAGUCUUAGCUGCUGUAUACAAGGCACUUAACGACCAUCAUGUGUACCUGGAAGGUACUUUGCUGAAACCUAACAUGGUGACACCUGGCCAGUCAUGCCCUAAGAAGGCUGCACCAAUGGAAAUAGCGCAGGCAACAGUGACCGCCCUGAACCGUACCGUGCCCGCCGCCGUGGCAGGCAUCGUGUUUCUGUCUGGUGGACAGUCUGAGGAGGAGGCGUCAGUGAACCUUGAUGCCAUCAACAAAUUCCCAGGCAAGAAACCCUGGCCACUGACCUUCAGCUAUGGCAGAGCUCUGCAGGCUUCUGUUCUGCGUGCAUGGAGUGGGAAGCCUGAAAAUGUUGCUGCUGCUCAGGAAGAACUGAAGAAGAGGGCUAAGGCCAACGGCCUAGCUACCCAGGGAAAGUAUGUUGCUGGUUCCAUCAAGACAGUGGCCUCUUCUAAGAUCAACUUUGUUGCUACGCAUGCCUACUAAGUACCUCUGCUUGUUGCGUAAUGGCCAAUGGUGAUGCUGCACAAGGAGUUUAUGCUGGAGGUGUACAGGGAGCAGCUGCUGAUGUUGGUCUUUUCAUCAAGGAUCAUGCUUACUAAUUUCCCAAGAGCAAAAAAUAAAAUAAGAACUAUGGGUAGACUAUAUGUGGGUCACAAAGGCCGUGCCGUGAACACCAUCUGGAAAAAAAAAUACAUAAAGUUUGUAAUAACAUUUGACGCAUUUUUUCCUAUUUUAGAUGGUUAACUCAAGUAAUCAGUGUUAAUGGAGUCCAGUUUUAGCUUACACUUGUACAUGUGACCGUCAUGUCUUAUACUGACGGUUUUACCAGUUGUGAUUUGCUGUUGUGAUCAAUUUACAGAGGAUAGGUAUGAAUAUAUAUACAACAAUCAUAUAAAUGAAUAAUAUAUAUGUAUACAUAAAAGAAACUAUAUAGAUUUCAGAUACGUGUUUAACAUUUUCUUCUAGUUGUUUACCUGUUGCAAAAGUGAAAAAUGGAAAGCAGAAAUGCAGCUGUAAAAUUAUGUAACCUAUAAGAAACUGUGUGUAUAUAUUUCCUUAGUAUUUUCUGUAUGUAUCCACAGUGCUUCUUGGUUACCUAUGCUAUUGUCGAUGUCAAGAAAAGAACAAGUCACUAUUGUAUCAAUUCUCCUGUGUAAGACAACCAACCCUUGUAAAUGCUGUGGAGGAAGGUCAAUAAAAGUCUUUGAACAUCAA